UGCGCCUCCCGGAGAAGGAUGUUAAUGAGGGAGUGUUCCCGGCUCUGCGAACAAGUCAGCUCGGGAGCUGCGAUUGGUUGCGGUAAGGCGGAAGAAUGACGUUAUGCAAAGAAGGGGCGUGGCCAGGCAGCGAGGGCUCCGCCUCCUUCCCUUUGGGGUUAGUGUGCCUGUGUUUAGCUCUGGGGAGAGUCAAACUGGAUUCCACAGGGAGAGCCUGCAAAUCACUUCUAUUUUAGCAAGGAGAAAACAGAAUCUCCAUCCUGCAGGGUCCACCCCUCUCUUUCUCCCUCUCCUCUCUUUUUCUAUCUCUUUCCCUCCCCCCCCCUUCCUCUUUCCCUCUCUCUCCCCUUCCCCCCACCCUCUCCGGUGUAUCUGUCUACAGCAACCAGCGUCCUCAGCUACACGCACGGAAAGGAAAGAAACAUCUUUGGUUGAGAGAGGAGGAGGAAAAGAGAGAGAGAAAAAAACUUGCCUGGUUGUGGAAAAUGACACUUCAAGUAGCCAAGCCGGCUUCGAGAGUCGUAUCUAUUGUUUCUUAAAUUGUCAUCAGGGUGUUUUUUUUUUUUCUUCCUGCUUCUUCAAGUGAAGGUACCUCUACAAAAGGAAACUCCAGCCCCUCCUGUUCUCCAACGGCCUGUGAUUACUACAAAAAGAAAAAAAAAAAAAAAAAGACCAAAAAAAAAAGGCAAAAAAAAAAAGGCAAAAAAAAAAAAAAAAGCACCCAAACUCAAAAUCAAUCAACCAAACAACCCCAGCAGCCAAGCACACAUCUCAAUUUUUUCUUAAUUUUGGUCUUUUCGUUGGAUUUUCCCUUUCUUUUUUUUCCCUCCCCCCCCUCUUGUUAUCGCUCAGUUUUGAGCGAAGGUUUACAUUUUUAAGGAUUUUGUUUUUCAGCCCGCCUUGAUGUAGUGCGAGUUUCGUCCGACUCAAAAAAAAAAAUCUGUGGUUGGCGUGGUUUUUUUUUUUUCUUCUUCUUCUUUUUUUUUUUUUUUUUUUAAUAUUUUCAAAGGGGAGGAGAUUUUCCACAAGAAAAGGUUGUUUUCAUGUUUGGGAUCCAGGAAAGCAUCCAACGGAGUGGAAGCAGUAUGAAGGAAGAGCCGCUGGGCAGCGGCAUGAACGCGGUGAGGACGUGGAUGCAGGGCGCUGGGGUGCUGGACGCCAACACAGCGGCGCAGAGUGGGGUGGGUCUGGCCCGGGCUCACUUUGAGAAGCAGCCGCCUUCUAAUCUGCGGAAAUCCAACUUCUUCCACUUCGUCCUGGCCCUCUACGACAGACAGGGCCAGCCCGUGGAGAUCGAGAGGACGGCCUUUGUGGGCUUCGUGGAGAAGGAAAAAGAAGCCAACAGCGAAAAGACCAAUAAUGGGAUCCACUACCGGCUCCAGCUCCUCUACAGCAAUGGGAUAAGGACUGAACAGGAUUUCUAUGUGCGCCUCAUCGACUCCAUGACAAAACAAGCCAUAGUGUACGAAGGCCAAGACAAGAACCCUGAAAUGUGCCGAGUUUUGCUCACACACGAGAUCAUGUGCAGCCGCUGUUGUGACAAGAAAAGCUGUGGCAACCGAAAUGAGACUCCCUCAGAUCCCGUGAUAAUUGACAGAUUCUUCCUGAAGUUUUUCCUUAAAUGCAACCAAAAUUGCCUAAAGAAUGCAGGAAACCCACGUGACAUGCGGAGAUUCCAGGUCGUGGUGUCUACCACCGUCAACGUGGAUGGCCAUGUCCUGGCAGUCUCUGAUAACAUGUUUGUCCACAAUAACUCCAAGCAUGGGCGGAGGGCUAGGAGGCUUGACCCCUCGGAAGGUACGCCCUCUUAUCUGGAACAUGCAGCUACUCCCUGUAUCAAAGCCAUCAGCCCGAGUGAAGGAUGGACGACGGGAGGCGCGACUGUGAUCAUCAUAGGGGACAAUUUCUUUGAUGGGUUACAGGUCAUAUUCGGUACCAUGCUGGUCUGGAGUGAGUUGAUAACUCCUCAUGCCAUCCGUGUGCAGACACCUCCUCGGCACAUCCCUGGUGUGGUCGAAGUCACAUUGUCCUACAAGUCCAAGCAAUUCUGCAAAGGGACACCAGGCAGAUUCAUCUAUACAGCGCUCAAUGAACCUACCAUUGACUACGGUUUCCAGAGGUUACAGAAGGUCAUUCCCCGGCAUCCUGGCGACCCAGAGCGCUUACCAAAGGAAGUGAUCCUUAAAAGGGCUGCAGAUCUUGUUGAAGCCCUGUAUGGGAUGCCCCACAAUAACCAGGAGAUUAUCCUGAAGAGAGCUGCCGACAUUGCAGAGGCUCUGUACAGCGUCCCUCGUAACCAUAACCAGCUCCCAGCCCUUGCUAACACUUCGGUCCACGCAGGGAUGAUGGGUGUGAAUUCCUUCAGUGGACAACUGGCUGUGAAUGUCUCUGAGGCAUCACAAGCCACCAAUCAAGGUUUCACCCGCAACUCAAGCAGCGUGUCACCACACGGGUACGUGCCGAGCACCACCCCUCAGCAGACCAACUAUAACUCUGUCACUACGAGCAUGAAUGGCUACGGCUCUGCUGCCAUGUCCAAUUUGGGCGGCUCCCCAACCUUCCUCAAUGGCUCAGCUGCCAACUCACCCUAUGCCAUUGUGCCAUCCAGCCCCACUAUGGCCUCCUCUACGAGCCUCCCCUCCAACUGCAGCAGCUCCUCGGGCAUCUUCUCCUUCUCACCAGCCAACAUGGUCUCCGCCGUGAAACAGAAGAGUGCGUUUGCACCAGUUGUCAGACCCCAGACCUCCCCGCCUCCCACCUGCACCAGCACCAACGGGAACAGCCUGCAAGCGAUAUCUGGCAUGAUUGUUCCUCCCAUGUGAAAGAAUUGCCUUGAAGAAUUUUAUUAAUGAAGAGGUUGGAUUCUGCUACGAAAGUAAUCUGAUAUGAGUCCCAGAGUGGAACUUUUAACUCAGGCCUUUUUAAGAGGAAUCACACAAUAACUGCAGAUUUUUAAACAAAAUCACUGACCUUGCAAAUACUGAAAUUGGAAAGGGGAUCUGCCAGAGCAGGGUGUUGGUUAAAGCUGUACCCCCAAGUAUUUGGGGGAUAUAUUUAUUCUGUAUUGAUAAAAAGCAAAACCAUGUUUUCUUUUUCUUUCUUUUUCUUUUUCUUUUUUUUUUUUUUGUAGGCUUAACUCUGCAAUCAUUUGUCUUUUAUAAACCAUAAGCUACACACAAGGGCCACUAUAAAUAAGACUCCAUGUUUUAAUUUAUGAUGUUUUUAAAGCUGUGUAAGGGGAGAAUGAAGUGGUGAUAUUUACAAAAAAGCUAAAAAAGAAAAAAAAAAAAAAGAAAAACAGGGAAAAAUAAAAGUUAAAAAAAAAAAAAAAAAAGCUUGUAUGGGACAGAAUAGGAAUGCCAGUUAGAUUUUUUUAGAGAACUAAGGGUCGGCUUUUGCGCCUUAAAGCAUAUCAAUGGUAGUUAGCCCAGACAGUGCAUUUUCAAUAUCUAACUUAACAUGCCAUCCCUUAGCAGUGCAAGCUUCUUCCUCUCUUCUGUAUGGUUGUCUUAAGUAACUGUGUAAAUAGGUGCAGCCUGGAAAGUUACCAAGCAACAUACAUGAUCACAUUUUCCCCUUGUACUCAGAAAAUCCAGUGCCUCCAGACAGAUUGUUUAAAAACAAAAACAAGACAAAAAAAAAAGAAAUCGCAUCUUUUAAACUCGGUCUCAUUCUUUUACUCAUGGCAACUUCUUCCGAAGCCAGUGGCCUCUGAGAGUGGAGUGGCACACGCAACGCACUGAGUGAGAAACUCCUUCAAGACGUCACGGGACAGGGUCCAGGCACAGAUGUCCGCAUACGCCCUCCAGUUUUCCAAGCCAAAAUCUCACUCGCACUCCACCACCGAGAGAUCCAAGCUUACUCAUGCUAGAAUCCUAAAUGCUAACUCUAUAUCCAGGCUCAAAAAACCUCAAACAAAGCCAACUGACAAAGGCAAGUGGGCAGGUGGUUUCAGGCUCCCAAAUCACACAGGGGCCUAGACCAGCAAGGCCCUGUGCAUGGUUGGAAAGUUACAGAGUCAGUCAACAGGUAAAGUGCUUUGGAGUUUAGAGUGAAAGGAAACUGAGGGAGAGGAAGAGAAGGCGGAGGCCUCAGACUCAGCUUUCUGUGGGAAUUUUUGCUUUCAGCUGGGAAGUGUUCUUAAAGAAUCCACAGCAAAGAUCCAGCCAGUGAGGCUCCGAGGAAGCGUGUUCCUGGCAGGCUUUUCUUUGCCCUUCUGUUUCUGUAUGUAGUUAUAAAUACUGUAGAUUUUUUUUUUUUUUUUUUUUGCCAAAGUUGUUGUUUUAUUUAUACAUUUUAAUGUCUUAAGAUGGUUUCGGUCACACAGACACAGACAUGAAAAGAUUUUGCUGCAAAGAAAUAAAAAGCUCACUACCUUUAGCUUGCACAUACUUGCAAAGUUAAUUCAAAGGCUUUUUGUUUGUUUGUUUAAAUGGGGAUUUUGUAAAAUAUCCAUAUAAAUAAUGUAUUUAUCUUUGGAAUUUGUACAUUGCUUUUUCUCUCCUUCCUUCCACCCUCCCCCCCCAGUUUAUUUUUUUGUGUGUGUUUGCUUUGUGAACAGUGCAUAUAGUUUGGUCAACUAUGGUUGUAUUAGCUGUUUCAAUGUGAUUUUUAAACAAUUCAUUUUUAGGUAUUUUUAGUAUUGUUAUAAACCAUGCUUCAAUUUUUUUUUAUUUCCACCCAAAAGCCAUUGUCUAUUUUUGUAUUAUUUGUAAGUUAAGAAGUUUUUUCCAAUAUAUGGCAAAAAAAUAGUAGCAUAUUAUUCUUGUAGUAUUUAGUUCUGUAGAUUUAAAAAUAAUGUAUCCUUUGCUUUGGAAGCAUACAAAAAAUGCUGUUUUACUCUAUUAAUAUGCAUGGAAUCUCUCCCUUUGGAGUGACGCAUUUUGUGCAUUAAAUUUGGGGGAGAAACUUCAUAGAGAUCAAUGAACAUACUUUCUUUCUUAAGUCUGCUUGUAUAUUCUGUCUUUCACAUAAAUAUAAACCAGCAGAUUGGAUGCCUUAACAAUGCAAACCAUAUCCAUUUCACCUGUACAUUGUCCUGUGCACCCCAACUGUCAGUCAUCACUAACAUUCUAAGAAAAGAAAAAAAGAAAAAGAAAAAGAAGAAAAAAAAAACAAAGAAAUUGAAAAGCACAAAAGAACUGUUUUGUUACUUUAAGACAAUGUUACUUUUUCUAGUAGAGCAAGUGAUCAUUAACAAUGCUGCGACUGUGCAUGCCCGGUAUGGAUUUCAAUGGUUUUCACUAGACUGUCAGAGUGCGGAUUUUUAUGGGCUGGGGAGGGCAGGGGAGGGACAUUGAAGGGGGAGGGUUGGUAAGGGAGGGGAGGGAGGAAAGCUGAUUUUUCAUGGUGAGAAAUAAUAAUAAUGACGACUGAUGAUAAUAAUAAUAAAAAGAAACUGGAAAAAAUAUAAGCAAGGUUUAGCAUUGCUUCUCCGUACUCAGAAAGGUUGUCUGAAUUCGUGUGUUAAGCGCUGGCCUGAAGAUGUCUAAGGUCUAAAGCCAUAUUUUGUCUGGUGAGCCAGACAACCGUCUGCAAAGGAACGAGCAGCGAGCCGGUGAGAUAUCCGGCUCAGACCCCGACAAAAGACACCACCAAUCUGUUAGCCAUGUGCCGUGGUGAGAGAGCCCAAAGAGCCUUUAAAAAGAAAAUGUGUGUCAUUUGUGGUUUUUUUUGGUUUGUUUUGCUUUUGCUUGUGUUUGAUUAGAUGAUGGAGAAGAUGCUGGUUCCGGGAACCGCGCGCUCUUCUGCACAAAAUUUUGUUUUCAAGUUCCUUUAAGCGAUUGCCCUCUAGAUACAGAAUAUGGCUUUUAACAGAAGAUGGAGUAGAGAAUUCAAUUCAGAUUGCAGCUUUGGGGGAAGAGCCCUGCCUUUGGAUGACUGGAUAUGCAAAUGCCAUGCCGGGCCUCACAAUGUAGGCUACAGCUUUAUAAGCUCAUCUCUCAACCUACUAAUCUGUCACCUUCUUGUCAAACCUUCUCGAUAGACACACACUGUACAGUUCAAUUGUUAGAGCACUCAACUACUGUAGAGAUUGUUAUAAUUUUUCUUUCUUUUUCUGUUUCUGUUUUUGUUUUUGUUUUGUUUUGUUUUCUUGGGAAAAAAAAUUCAAGCUGUAAAAACUUUUCAACUUUCACAAUAUUUAAUUAAAGUUACUUCCUGUCUGUGAUGGCA